AUGGCAGAGUUCUAUGGAUCUGAGAUGAUGGUGCCGUUCGGACCAAAGGCAAUAACAAAUCUAUGUACAAGUUUCCGUAGAGAUGACACAAAGGAGGGUGACAUGAUUGAGACAAUUGCGCACUUCAAGGAUAUACAAAAAACAGAUCCAGACUUCUUCUAUAAGGUAAAAUAUGAUGAAGAGGACAGAGUUGUCAACAUAUUUUGGGUGGAUGGCUCAGCUCCAAAAGCUUAUGCGGAGGCAUACCACGAUUGCAUAUCGUUUGACACCACCUACAUGACCAACAUGUACAAUAUGCCAUUCACGCCCUUCAUCGAAAUAAACCGACAUGGCCAAUCUUUCAUGCUGGGUUGCGCGUUCGUGAGGCAGGAGUUGGCAUCGAGCUUUGAUUGGGUCUUCGGAGCAUUCCUAGAGGCUAUGGAUGGCAAACCUCCUGACAACUUGAUCACUGAUCAGGAUGGUGCAAUGAGGCAGUCAAUACAGAGCAUCUUUCCAACCACCAUGCACCGCUGUUGUCGAUGGCACAUCAUGAAAAAGGCUCAGGAAAAAGUUGGUUGGUUGCUGUGUCGGAAUCCAGGGCUCUCUGAUGAUUUCAAGUACUGUGUUGACUUCAGCUUCACUAUAGACGAGUUUGAGCAGAAUUGGGCUGGGUUAAUGAUGAAGUACGAGGCUAUGACACACACGCACUUUGAGAAGUUGUACGAAUACAGGUCAACUUGGGUGCCGUGCUACUUCAAACACAUGUUCUUCCCCUUCCUACAGUUUACACAGCGUAGUGAGGGGUUCAGCGGCGUCCUAAAAAGACAUGUGAUCCCACACAACUCAAUGUUGAACUUCAUCAAGCAAUAUGAAAAAAUUCAGAACCACAUCCUUGCCAAGGAAGGCUGCAAUGAUUACAGGACAGAACACCUUGAGAUUGAGCUAUGGUCCAACUUCCCAAUAGAGAGGCAAGCUUACGAAACCUACACUAGGGACCUUUACCGCAUGUUCAGAGAAGAGUUUGAGCUGAUUGGACGUUAUAAUGCGUUCCAAGUUGGUGCUAACCUUUUUGAGCUCAGACCAAACCAGGAAUUUGUUGCCAAAUAUGGUUCUCGAAACUACUUCGUGCAGGCAAGGGUGGAGGACGGUUCCUAUUUGUGUGAGUGCUGCAAAAUGGACAAGGACGCCAUGCUCUGUUGCCACAUCCUCAAGGUGUUCACCCAUCUUGGAGUUGAUGUCAUACCGGAAAGGUACAUGCUAAGACGGUGGACACCUACUGCUGUCCCUAGUGCGUCAGGAUAG